AUGGCCUCGUCGACAGAUGAUGUGAUGGCAGGUAGCCCUAUGCAGGACUCCUGGCAUCGAAACCACCCCGCUGGUCCGAAGCUGGGGAAGCUAAAGGUGGUGCGGCGGCAGCUGCUGCAGAGGUAUGAGCACCAGCCGUUUGUGUCGUGUCUGGCUGGUCUGUACGGCUGUCAAUGGAGACGCUACCAGAGGGCCAAGUCUCAGCCUGGGGAGUGCUGCUGCAGCAGGGUGGAGUGUGGGAGUGUCGUCCUUCUGGUCCUGACCUUCCUCCUCUCCUCUCUGUUCCUCUACUUCUGGAGCCAGGCUCACAACGAUUACAAUGAUUUUGAUUGGUUUAACUUUGAGACUCUGGGAUUCUGGUUCCCUUGGUCUCUGGUGCUGCUGGUUGUUGCUGCUGCUCUGUUCUCCUACAUCUCUCUGCUGCUGGUACUGGCAGUGUGUUUACUGUCUGAGGGACAGAGGUUGUACCUUCACUGGAGUCACAAGAUGGGGAUUGUGGUGACCCUGGCAUUCGCUGUUAGUGCCACGGCUGUUCUGUCUGAGGUGUGGAGUAAAGAGUGGAAGACCCUCCUCCUCUCCCUGCAGGUCACAGCCCCCUUUCUUCAUGUAGGCUGGGUUUUAUUUUUGACUCUCCUGUCCUGGCCAAUAGCACUGCACUUUUUUCGCAUGAACAAGAGAGUGCAUCAGGUGUGUCUGUUGGGUGUGUACCUGGGUGUAUUGUUCAGUCUGUACCUGGUUCCUCUGGCCAUGUAUUCUCCCUGCAUCAGAGAAGCUGGAACCCUGGGGCCAAAACCAACACUCCUCGGACACAGAGGAGCUUCCAUGCUUGCUCCAGAGAACACUCGAAUGUCCUUUGAGAGUGCAGUGGAGGCUGGAGUGGACGGGCUGGAGACUGACAUCACUAUAAGUGCUGAUGGCGUUCCGUUUGUGAUGCAUGACCUCACCCUGCAGAGGACCACGAACGUAGAGGAGGUGUUUCCUAACAGAACACACACACCUGCUGCCCUGUUCACCUGGUCUGAUGUACAGCUGCUCAACGCUGGGGCCUGGUUCCUCUCUUGGGAUCCUUUCGGCACGGUGUCCUCUCUGUCUCCAGAGCAGCGAGCGCUAGCUGCCAACCAGACCGUUCCCUCCCUGGCUGAAGUUCUGGACGUAGCGAAUCGGACGGGCAGGACAGUGUUGUUUGACAUGAGACGGCCUCCUCCUGGACACCCUUAUAGAGACAACUACCUCAACAUCACCCUCGACCUCAUACACACACACAUCAACUCCAGCCAAGUGCUGUGGCUGCCAUCAGAUCAGAGAGGGGAGAUACAGCAGGUGGAUCCAGAGCUGCAACAGACAGCCGGACAGACUGCCUCUAUUCAGGAACUACAGGACAACCACAUCACUUCCCUCAACCUGCAUUACAGCACCAUGUCUCUGCAACACAUCAGUAAGUACAGGUCGGUGAACAUCAGUGUGAACCUGUAUGUAGUGAACCAGCCGUGGCUCUACUCUCUGGCCUGGUGCAGUGGAGCAUCCUCUGUUACCACCAACAACAUGCUGCUGAGAGAUAUACACACACCUCUGCUCCUUGUGACUCCAGAGCAGUACAGUGUGAUGUGGGUUCUGACUGACCUGGUCUCUGCUGCUCUUAUCAUCUGCAUCUUCAUAUUCCACUGGUGGCGUGAGCGAGGCUUACACUUCUGGUCAGGCAGUCGGCAGACACACAAGACCGGGCCUUAUAGCAAGUUCCGGACCGAUCCAGUGGAGUCAGGGAGGGGUCGAUGGAAUCCCUUCCACUCAGAGUCUCCCACUAGAACCCUCAUCUCCCUCCCUCUGGACCUUAACCCAUGAACCACUCAACUCGCGAACCCUGCAUGAACCAAUGAACCUCCCAUGAACCAUUCCCAAACCAUUGGAUCUCAACCCACACAUGAACCCUGCACCAACCGCUGACCUGAACCUCAACUACCCCACCCCUGACCUCUAACCCCUAUCCUUUGCCCGGCAGAGCUCAGCGACGUCUGGUCCAUCUCCAGUGGGAAUGUCCGAACGGAACUACGGACCCCCAGUACCCUCCACACCAUCACAGAGGAGUAGCACACAGAGGCAUAUAAGUACACACACACACACACACACACACACACACACACACACACACACACACACACACACACACACACACACACACACACACACACACACACACACACACACACACACACACACACACACACACACACACACACACACACACACACACAGUCACACACACACAGUCACACACACACACACAAAGUGUGAACGCACAAGGAAAACGGGGAGGAAAACAAGAGGAGGAACUGAAUGUGUAAAAAGAGGAAGAGGGUGAUGUAAUGUGAAAGAUGAGUCAGUAUUUUGAUCAUCCUGACUAAGACUGUUGUUCCUGUUUCCUCACCUGACCAGCUCAUUCACACUCAUUCUGGUGACCACUGGCACUACACAACUGAACUGCUCAAGUAUGAAGUAUACACUGAACAAAAAUAUAAAUGUAACAUGUAAAGUGUUGGUCCCAUGUUUCAUGAGCUGAAAUAAGAAAUCCCAGACAUUUUCCAUAUGCACAAAAAGCUUAUUUCUCUCA